AUGAUUUCCCUCGCAACCGCCAAAUACGACUGGAUCCUUGCCCUCACCUCCAUCACCUUCGUCUUCAGCGCCUUCGGUAACGGGGCCAACGAUGUGGCCAACUCAUACGCCACCUCCGUCGCUGCUCGCACACUGAGCAUGUGGCAGGUGGGCAUUCUGGCCGCCUGUACCGAGUUCAUCGGUGCCGUCGCCCUCGGCGCGCGAGUGACCGAUACCAUCAAGUCCGGCAUCAUCAGUAUCGAUCGGUUCGAGAACAAACCGGGACCACUGAUGCUGGCAAUGGGCUGCGCUGAAAUGGGCAAUGCCGCCUGGCUGAUGCUGGCGACCGGUAUGGGCUGGCCUGUCUCGACCACCCAAACCAUCGUCGGAUCGCUGGUCGGUGUCGGUCUAGCUGCUCAGGCGCCUAUCCACUGGGAAUGGACCAAGGGCAGUGUCUCUCAGGUUGCCGCGUCGUGGGGGAUUGCCCCGGCCAUCGCGGGUGGCUUCUCGGCCCUGAUAUUCGGCAUUCUGAAAUAUACCGUCCUCGAGCGCAAGGAUCCCUUCAAGUGGGCCAUGCGUCUGAUUCCCGUCUACCUCGCCACGACGGGCGCCAUCCUCGCUCUAUUCAUUGUCAUCGAGGCCCCAACCGCGCCGUCCCUCGAGGAGUUCGGCGCCGGCAAAGCCGUCGGCAUCAUCCUGGGCGUCUUCUUCGGCUGCCUGCUCAUCGGCGUCGUCUUCUUCCUGCCAUACUUCCACCGCCGUCUCGUCAAGCAGGACGCCCGCGUCCGCUUCUACCACCUCCCGCUCGGCCCCUGGCUGCUGAAAGACAACUGCCCGCUCUACUUCCCCGCCCAGGGCGAGCAGUUCGUGAUCAACUACUACGCAGACGCCUACGGCGAAGUCCGCGCCGGCACCCACGGCGACGAGAAAGCAACCGCCCCCGCCGACCACCAACAACAACAGCAACAGCCCCCCGACGCCAAACUCCUCGAGUCGACCCUCGACGUCGAACGCAACCUCGCCUCCGCGCAAUCCACCCCGGAGCUCAAACCCCGCACGAAACACCUCGGCCCCCACGAACGCUUCCUCCACCCCGUCGCCGACCUCCCCUGGACACACCCGCACAAGUGGCUCGGCUACACCAAGUUCCUCCUCCUGCAAGGCGUCACGCGCGACGUCGUCACCCACGACUCCGCGCAGCUGCGCGACAUCCACUCGCGCGCGCGGCGCUACGACGACCGCGUCGAGCACCUCUGGACCUACUGCCAGGUGGUCUCGGCGAUGAUGAUGUCGAUCGCGCACGGGUCCAACGACGUCGCGAACGCGGUGGGCCCCUGGGCCGCCGUGUACGCGACCUACAGGGCCGGCGAGGUGGACACCAAGGCGCCGACGCCGGUGUGGUUCCUGGUGGUGGCGGGCCUGCUGCUGGGGCUGGGGUUCUGGUUCUACGGGUACCAUAUUGUGCGGGCGCUGGGCAACAAGAUCACGCAGAUGUCGCCGACGAGGGGGUUUGCGACGGAGCUGGGGGCGGCGAUUACGGUGUUGCUGGCGUCGCGGCUGGGGUUGCCCGUGUCGACGACGCAGUGUCUGACGGGGGCGGCGACGGGCGUGGCGCUGAUGAAUUAUGAUCUGGGGGCGGUGAAUUGGAGACAGCUUGGGUUUAUCUUUAGUGGGUGGGUGCUGACGUUGCCUUCGGCUGGGUUGAUUGGGGGGUUGUUGUGUUUGAUGGCGUUGAACACGCCGCAUUUUUAG